AUGGAUGUAAUUUGUAAUGUAUUAAAGGAAUACACAGAAACACCAAGUGAUAAUAUAAUUGAUUUAUUUAAAGAAUAUAGUGCUAACCCAAAAGAUAAAACGGAGGUUCAUUCGAGACUUAAAAAAAUAAAAUGUACUAAACUAAUGGCCUUUGAUGCUAACGGUUUGUACGCUUCCGCCAUGUCGGAUUUAGACAGCGAAUAUCCGAGAGCGGAAAGUGGUAGACCAUUUCGACAAGAAGAAAAUAAAGAAUUUGUUAAGCUUUUUAAUGAGCAAAAAUUCAGACCUAGAGCAGCUAUUUUAAAAGUCUGGUUUGAAUAUCCUACCAACAUGUUCUUCCAACUCAUACCAGCUAAAGAUAAAAUCACUUUCACGAAUAGAAUAGCUAAAUACGAAACUGGCACUAAAAUCAGGGUCAGAAAUGGUUUCUGUCACGACGUUUUAACAUAG